AUGUCAUACAACAAUUAUCUUGAUGUUGACUCUGCGUGGAACUGUGUAUCCGAUUCUGAAAACCCGAGAUGUGCAGUCAUGAAGCACACAAAUCCUGGUGAGGUCUACUGGCUAGCUGUAAUAGCUGAUCCAGGUAGCACCUUUGGUAGUAUUGAAGCCGCCAAUGUCAAAGCAGACAAGGGAUUCUUCGCAACAAAAAGAAAAGACAUCUAUUGUGUUGCUGAUCACAAGCUGACCAUCUGUUUCACUCACAAUAUUGUCCUCUCGGAGAUUCAAUACAACCCGGUUGUGAUUGAGAGAGACAUGUUCAGAUAUCAUCGCCGCAUGAAGGUCAUCAAUGGACCGUCUCUCAGCAAACGCUGGGUCUUGGACAGAGGCAGCACUCCCACCUACAGCCAAAGGAGUUGA